ACAUAGUGAAAAGUCAGACUAACCAGGGCCCCUGCCCUAACCAGUUCAAAAGUAUUUGUUUCAGGGACAGAGGAGGUAGCAUUUAAAGGAUUUUGCUACCAUCAUCAAAAACCGCAACACAGGUUGUCUAUUUCUCUUUUGCCUCUUAACAUCUCUCUCUCCCUCUCCACUCUCUCACUCCCUCUUUCCCCAAAGGAUAAGCAAAGAGGGAUUUGCCUCAGAAGCAACAAGUGUAUAUCUCCUUCCUGCACAGUCACAGCGUGUAUCAUGAUGUAUAGCUUUAUGGGCGGUGGUCUGUUCUGUGCCAUUAUUGGGAACAUCCUAAUAGUGGUUUCCACAGCGACAGACUAUUGGAUGCAGUAUCGCCUCUCAGGCAGCUAUGCCCACCAGGGCCUGUGGAGGUACUGCAUGGCCAACAAGUGCUACAUGCAGACAGCAAAUAUAGCAUACUGGAAUGCCACAAGGGCAUUCAUGAUCCUAUCGGGAAUGGCAUGCUUUGCGGGCAUCAUGGCAGGCAUCCUCUCAUUUGCCCAUUUUUCUGCCUUUGAGAGAUUCAGUCGUUCCUUUGCAGCAGGAAUCAUGUUUUUCAUCUCCACUUUGUUUGUGAUGCUGGCUAUGUCGAUCUACACUGGUGUAACCCUAAGUUUUCUGGGCAAGCGAUUCGGAGACUGGCGCUUCUCCUGGUCCUACAUACUUGGAUGGGUGGCUAUGCUCAUGACCUUCUUUGCAGGGAUAUUUUACAUGUGUGCCCACAGAAUGUAUGAAUCCAGGAGAGUGGUUGGAAGUCGCUAACCUGAAGAAGGAAAAACUGCAUGCAGCAGGAAGUUUGGGCUCAGAAAUCAUCAGGAACUUCCUCAAACCUUAAUGUUAUAUAAGUUUGAUAACUUUAAACUUCAGAAAUACAAUGACAAAUUUAUAGUUUAAGAGCACAUUAAAAGACUCUUUUUUUUUU